UGUCAUUUGUCCACACGAACAAACUAAUAUGGCGGCGCCCUGUAACUCUCUGAAGCUUUCAGUGUCGAUGGUAAAAUAAUCUUGCGUUUGCGAGAAAAAGCAACGAAAUUUUAUAUAUACAGCACUGAGAAGCGGGCAAUAAUGACCUAACGUUAUCACAUGUAAACUUGUAAUUGGCUGACUCUAGCUAAACAAUGUCUAGUGGAGUCAUACUUUUGCCCGCAGUGAAACCAGCCUUCGUUCGCGUUGGUUUCUCGUCGAGAAUCAAGCGAUCUUUGACUACCUGGUCGCGUUUGGCUUCGCGUUUCAAUAGCAUUGGUAAAAGAAGACCUAACUUUCAAUUCGGAUUUGGCGAACGUUCGGGAUUGUUCGGCCAUCCAGUGCUGCACGAACCGUCGGGUUUCUACCUCUUGAAAGAGCAGGCUGUUAGCGAUGCCGAGCAGUACGUCAGAGAAGCCACGGACCCCAAUCGAAGGCGCAAAAUGGUUCAGGUCUUCGACGACUUGUCAGACGCCCUCUGCCGUGUGGCAGACAUGGCUGAAUUCGUCCGAAUCGGUCAUCCGGAAGGGAGAUUUUCCUCAGCAGCGAUGGAUGCAUCUGUUUCCAUCAACAACCUUGUUGAGAAGCUCAACACAGACAGGAGGCUGUACGAUGCCCUUAAUGAAGUGGUGCAAAAAGGGGAUGUUGUUCCGACGACAGAGGAAGAUGACCAUGUGUCCAAGCUUUUUCUGUUUGACUUUGAGCAGAGCGGCAUCCACCUAGACGAGGCCACACGGAAGGAAGUUGUGGCUCUCAAUGACUUCGCCCUUCAUGUGGGGAGCCACUUUGCCAACAAUGCAUUGCAGCCUCGUUCUGUGAAGAAGGCGCAUCUCUCGGAAAGUGUCCGUGGCUGCUUUGCCAGUGAUGGUGAGCAUGUUAUUGUCCCUGGUCUCUACACAGAUGCUGACAAUGAGCUGGUGCGAGAGGCUGCGUACCGGGCCUACCUUUAUCCGGAUAAGCACCAGACCGAGCUGUUGGAUGAGCUCUUGGGGGCGCGGCACCGUCUUGCACAACUCUGCGGGUUCCCCAGCUUUGCGCACCGCGUCCUGCGUGGCAGCAUUGCGGGCAGCCCCGACGUCGUCGAACAGUUCUUGGGCAUUCUCUCAUCACAACUGAAGCCCAGGGCAGACAAUGAUUACAAGGAGAUGUUAGACAUGAAGACAUCUGGUAGCGGCAACAAAAGUGUGCUUCAAGCUUGGGACGUCCCAUAUUACACAUCCUGUGCACGCCAAGCGAAGUUCCAGCUGAAGGCUUCUGACUAUGCCCCGUACCUAUCCCUUGGCUGCUGCAUGGACGGGCUAAAUGAGAUCUUUCGUGCUCUGUAUGGUGUCUACCUUGAGACAGAAGACGUCAAGGCAGGAGAGGUUUGGCAUGCAGAUGUCGUCAAGCUGGCGGUGAAAGAGGAGGAGGGUGGAACUCUACUGGGCCACAUCUACUGCGACUUCUUUGAGCGGCAAGAGAAGCCCAACCAGGACUGUCAUUUCACCAUUCAGGGUGGACGCAUGCUGCCGGACGGCUCAUAUCAGCUUCCAGUGGUGGUGCUGAUGCUGAACCUAGCCAGUGCGCCGUGGGGGGCACCCCCUCUGCUUAGCCCAUCAUCUCUGGACAACCUGUUCCACGAGAUGGGCCACGCCAUGCACUCUAUGCUGGCGCGCACUCGCUACCAGCAUGUCACGGGUACUCGCUGUGCCACUGACCUGGCCGAAGUGCCCUCCAUCCUCAUGGAGUACUUCUCCUCUGACCCAAGGGUGGUGUCGACGUUUGCCCGCCACUACCAGACGGGCGAACCCAUGCCCUACAACAUGGCGUUGUCUCUGCGGCAGAUGCGCUACCACUUUGCGGCCAGCGAGACGCAGCUGCAGGUGUUCUACGCAUUGCUUGAUCAGCGAUACCAUGUGCGUCACCCUCUGGGAAAGAGCACCACAGAGGUCCUAGCGGAGCUGCAAGGGCUGCACUAUGGAGUUCCUUACGUGCCCAACACGGCCUGGCAACUGCGGUUUGGCCACCUGGUGGGCUACGGGGCCAAGUACUACGCUUACCUCAUGUCUCGGGCUGUUGCUGCAUGGACCUGGCAUGAGCUGUUUCGUGAAGACCCCUUUCGGCGUGCUGCGGGCGAGCGCUACCGCCGCGAGCUGCUCUCGCACGGCGGCGCAAAGCCCGCACACCAGCUAGUCAGCAGUUUCCUCUCCAAAGAAGUGACACCAGAAAACCUAGCAGCUGUCCUCAUUGCAGACAUUGACGCAGGCCUCACGUGAAGCCCCUUUACCUUUGUACAGCUUGCAGCAGAAGGCGGCAUUAUGGUGGCUCGAGUUUAACAUCUGCUGUGCUUAGAGCUAGGAGUCACUCACCAUUUUCAUCAGUGAUUUCAGUCCAGCAUGUACAGUGAAGCAUAAAUUAGAUAUGUUCACACCUGC